UGCUAAAUGUGAAAGCUCCGCCCCCUGCUGUGGUGAGUGUGUACUGCACUCCUCCAACAGACACAGAGGACUCGGGACUCCUGACGAGAAUAAAACUGAUGUUACCACAAGCCUGCCCCACGCCUUGAGAUUCAUUGGCCGGAGGAGAGCUCUCACGGGGGUUAACCGUGCGCGUCAUGCCGGGUGCCGGGGCCGUGCGCCGCGGGCUCACCUUCGCCACCGGCCUGGCGGAGUGCCUGUGCUUCGGGGCGCUGUUCGGCUGGUCUUCGCUGGUCUUCGUCCUGAAGGCGGAGGGAUACUUCGGCUCGUGGUGCGACGUCGCCCCCCGAGCCAAUAACGCGACGCUGGUCCAGGGUCAGUUUGACAACCACACCUCCGCCUAUAGCGGGCCGCAGUGCCGCGCGCAGCACGAGUGGCUCUCCCUGGUGUUCGCCGUCGCCUCCAACCUGAGCAACGUGCUGAUGCUGCCCAGCGGCUUCCUCCUGGACCGCUUCGGUACCGCGGUGGCUCGGCACGUGGCAACAUUUCUCUUCACCACCGGUAACUUGAUGGUGGCCUUCUCGACUCCAGCCUCGUCCAACCUGCUCUUCCCAGCGUGCACCCUCAUGGGAGUCGGUGGCACCCUGUUUCUAAUGACCAACAUGCAGGUAGGAAACCUGUUCAGCUCACAUCAGACCACCGUCACCAAUCUCUAUAACGGAGCCUUCGACUCCUCCGCAGCACUCUUCGUGGUCAUCAAGCUGCUGCAUGAGGCCGGCAUCUCUCUCCGCACCUCCUUCCUCUGCCUGUCCACCGGCAGCUUCACCGGCAGCCUCCUCAGGACCGUCUUCCUGAUGCCCAGAGACCACAUCCCCUACCCGCUGCCGGAGGACUACACGUACGGGAUAACCUGUGGUACAUCAAAGACUCUGCACUCAAAGCACACGAUGACGACGACGGAGGAAAAGAACCUCCCAGACGAGCCCGUGACACAAGAGAAGAGUUUCAGCGAGUGUCUGAUGUCCAGGUUGUAUGUGUCGCAACUGCUUUGGUUUUCGGUGAUACAGCUCAGACUGUUGUUCUACGUCGGCACCCUCCAACCCACACUGCAUCGGCUGGCGGCGGGACAACUGUCACUGGUGAGCCACUUCACCAACGCUUUUGGUGUCACACAGCUGUGUGGCGUGCUGUGCGCUCCAUGGAACGGACUCAUCUCGUCGCAACUCAAGAACAAACCUCGUGCUGCAGGUGAGAGCGAACAGGAAGUGGACCUGCGGUCCGUGGUGUUCUCUCUCUCCCUGACGGUGCUGCAGUGUGUGCUGUUCUCGGUCUGCGCCGCCGUGCCCAACCUGCGGCUCCAGUACCUCACCUUCGUCCUGCACGUGGUGAACCGCGCCUUCCUCUACGGCACCAACGCCACCUUCAUCCUCGUGGCGUUCCCCUUGUGCCACUUCGGGAAGCUGUAUGGCUUGUGUCUCGGCCUGUCUUCAGUGUUUUGCCUGCUGAUAAACAUCGGCCUUUCCCUGCUGAGUGGACACAUUUUAUAUGUGAACAUCUUUCUGACGCUGCUUGUCCUGCUCGCCUUCAUCAACCCACUCGUCCUCCACCUGCACUGUCGAGGUCUCGCCUCCCAGCGAGCGGCGCCAUCGAAGCCUCUUUUAUAAUCCCGCCACAUCGAGACUUCUCAUCUUUGAAAGCAGAAGUGUCAAACUAAUUUUCACCAUGGGCCACGUCGGCAUCAUGGCCGCCUUAAAGGAUUUGUAACCGAAACACUGCGUAAACUACUCCUACAUAGUGUUAAAUAACUCUCUUUGCUUUUGAUUAUUGUUUAUUUGAUUGUAGAAAUAUUGUACAUAAGAACAUUUCUCUAAUAUUAUAACAUAAAUCCAUUUCAUUUGAAAGCUUCAAAAUAAAAGCAUAUUUUUCUUUAAGAAAAGGUGAUCAUAUGUAGGGAUGAGAAUUGAUAA